AUGCACCGGAAACAAGAAGAACUUCCCUCAUACAGUGCAGCAGUUGCUAUGCCCGUUAAGGAUCUGCAGCCAAUUGGGAUCCCAUCUUUAUCUGAUGCACCCCCUAAGUAUGAAGAUGCAAUUUCAGUGCCAGCUGAAAGAAAACCCGAGAUAACCCUAGAUAACCCGAUUAAACCCGAUAUAGCCCGAGAGUUCACGUAUGUGGGUCAGGAAGACAAUUUAGAAUCGUCAAAUGCAUCAGUUUCCAGUGGUAGUAGCAGCUCUAGCACUGAAAGUCCCCUAGGAUGCUAUAGUAUGACAGUUUCAGAGGGUUCUUCAGUUGAAAAUAUCACUAAAGACAUACUAACAGGCAGGUUUCAGACAAUUUCAUACGAGGAGGUAGGUCCGCAUGGUAAACUCCAAACAAUAAUCCAAUUUGGCAGGCAGAAACUCACUCCUGAAGGAUCUCGGGUUAUAAAGGGUUAUAAAAGUCCCAUCUUCUCGUUUAAAAUGAAAGGAAAAGAUAAAGAUCUAGUGAUAAAAAUGCCCAUACGCACACCAGGCACCAAAAAAAUCACACGAAUUGUCUUUGGCUUUGCAGUCAUUAUUAUACUCGUAUUCCUGUCCAUUGCAGCACUCACUAAGGCACCUGUUGCACUUGGUGUAACGGUAUAA